GGUGUGUGAUGACAUGGGCUGGGUGCUGCAACAGACGUAUUUACUCAAUGGAAAAAUAGUUGGGACUUGAACUAGUUGCUAGUUAGCUAGCUAGCUAGCUAGCUAAUUGUCUGGGUAUAAAGUACACGCUUGAUCAUUUUUUCGGUUGUUGUUUCUUUUUGGGUCUUGUUAAUGCGAACAAUCGGGCUUAAUUAUUAAUUAGUUCAACAACUCAGCUACUUUGUCCGGUGCAGAUGACAUAUCAAAAUAGCAACAAGUGGGAAGCUAACGAUAGCUAGCUAGCUAGCUAGCACUAGCUCGCUGGAAGAAGUGAAGCCGAAAUGUUCUCUAACCUUCCAAUCCGGAUAGAAUGGGACAGUUGCAAAACUCAGGAACAUUUUCAUGCAUUUCUAGCAUUGCAUUGAUGUCCCCUGUGUGUGAGUUAUGCUCUCAAGAAAGAAAAGUAAAAACGAAGCGUCGAAACCAGCUGAGGUACACGGGAAAUAUGUAAAGAAGGAGACUUCACCACUCCUGAGAAAUCUCAUGCCCUCAUUCAUCCGUCAUGGGCCGACGAUACCCCGACGCACCGAGGUCCCUUUGCUCGAAACGGGACCCUCAGCCUACCCAGUGGGGCCCAACCCUGAACCAGUGGUGGCCCGCAACAAAAGCUUUAUGCGCACCCCAGUGCAGCGGUCAGCCCUCGAGGUGGCGAGGCGAGAAAGCCACCGAAUGUCAGCCCCUCCGUAUCUGCCUCGCAGCCUUGGAGACUUAUCUCACGAGUAUGGGGGCUCGUCACAGUCCUUCCUCACAGACGUGAGCCCUAUGGCUGAGAACGGAGACGCUGCCCGCUACUACUACCCGCAGGAGACGUACUACGACAACCAGCCGCCACAACAGCAGCAGCAACGCAGACCGAGGCACGUACCAGAACGCUUCCGUGAGGACUACAGAUACUAUGAACACAACAAACCCAACUUCCAAAGACUUCCGCAACACACUCCCCCAGCCCCCAGCAGGCCCCCUGCAGGCAUCGGCCGGAUGCAGGCCAAGUCCCUGGGGAACCUGUCCAGCCCCAGCGGGGAGGACCUCCCCCUGCCGGGCGGCUGGACCGUGGACUGGACCAUCCGGGGCAGGAAGUACUACAUCGAUCACAACACCAACACCACCCACUGGAGCCACCCCCUGGAGAGGGAGGGGCUGCCGCCCGGCUGGGAGAAGGUGGAGUCGGCAGAGUUCGGGGUCUACUACGUGGACCACAUCAACAAGAGGGCGCAGUACCGCCACCCGUGUGCCCCCAGUGUGCCUCGCUACGACCAGCCGCCACCCCUGCCCCCCCCAGUCACUUACCAGCCUCGGCCGGCUGAGAGGAACCAGCCCGUGCUGGUGCCGGCCAACCCUUACCACACAGCCGAGAUCCCCGACUGGCUGCAGGUGUACGCCCGCGCCCCCCUCAAGUACGACCACAUCCUGAAGUGGGAGCUGUUCCAGCUGGUAGACCUGGACACGUACCAGGGGAUGCUGAAGCUGCUGUUCAUGAAGGAGCUGGAGAGCAUCGUCAAGUCGUACGAGGCCUACCGGCAGGCGCUGCUGGCCGAGGUGGAUGCCCGCAAGCAGCGGCAGCAGUGGUACGCCCAGCAGCCUGCCAACAGCUUCCCAGGGAACAUGUGACCUGGGCCGGGCGUGGCCGCCCACACGCCCCUCCCCCCGACACACCCCCUGACACGCCCCCUCAGAUACACCCUCAGGCACAGCUCUCCAGAUAGGCCCUCAGACCCCCCAUCCCCCUGGAGGCCUGCACAGCUGGGAGCGCUCAGGGUUUCCCCUGAUUACAUGGGAGGUUGUUGUUUUUUGGGCCUCUUUACCAAACACAUCUGUGCCUUUUUGCUCGAUCCAAAAAUAUCUGACUCGUGGCGAUGCUGGUCGGCCCGCAGCCCGCACCCCCCCUCCCCUUCCCCCCCAAACACACACACACACAUGCAUACACGCACACACACAGCAUGGUGGUUUGUCCGGUGAUGAGGGUCUGAUCGCCUGACUGUAGAAACUCUCAGAUGAUAGAGGGGGGGGAAAAAGAGAAGAAAACGUUCUGGAGCCGAGAGAGAGAGGGUGUUCAGCUGCUGGUGAAGUCCAGCCACUGUCCUCGGACAACAGACCAGGUGUGAAAUCUGACCUUUUAUAGACUGGACCGCGCAGGGUCUUAAAGACCGCCAAGUCUGUUUGUGACAGGUGACUUCUAGGAGUCCCACCGGAGCCUCAUCACCACAGGAGUAGCACUUGUACUAUGCCUCAUCUCUGAUCAGUCAUGUGACUAACCCAUUUCCCGUGGGACAGAAACACGGGCAUCUUCUCCUCAUCGCCGUUGCUUCAUAAUAUUUUGAUGCUCUGUUGGCAUUUGUCAACCUUUUAAAAGUGCUAUUCCUUUAUAUUCCAAAAUAAAGUGUGAUUUAUAGUGUUGUUUUGAUGGCAUAUCCUUUUCCAAGACAAUCUUUUGAAUCCUGCACAAGAACACUCUUGUGCAUUUAAUGUGUGUUUAUUGGAACAACCUGUAAUGUGUGGGACAAAGCAGGACAUUUGAUGCAGCGGUUUGAGUGUUCCUAGGCACCUUUAAACCAGAGUGUGGACUGUCUGGAUGAUUAAUCAUACAUAAGCUACUGGAAAGGAACAAUAUCAGAAAUGUCAAGACGCCUUAUUUUUGCCAAAUAAAUCGCAAUGUAUAUUCUUCUACUUGGUGUGUUGAUGUACUUGGGCCUGUCAGUUGGGCCCGUCGUCUGUCUGUCUGUCCUGGUUUGAGACUGGAGCUCUGAACAGCGACGCUCGUGGUGUCCUCUGUUUGUAUUCCGUCUCAUGGAAGGCAGAUGCAUGACAAAAGCAAUAAACUCUGCAGUUCAAAACCCAGUGUCAGAAGCCCAUGAAAUGGACGCCUUCAACUUAGUCUCCAAGGCCUCGUCGUUUUCUCCCUCUCCAUCCCGAACACACACAUACUCUCCUGAAACUUAUAUUUACCAUUUAAAAAGUUUCUUUUGUAUACUGACUGUACUUUAUAUGACUUUGUUUGUACUUGGAACAGUAUUUACAAAGGAACUAUCAAUAAAUUAUUGAGUUUUU